CGCGCAGCAGGUCGCGGACGAGAGAAGGGAGCAGACAUGGCGCUGCCGUGGUCGCUGCUGGCGGAGCUCGUGCUGCACGCCGCUUGCUUCGUGUGCGGGGUCGUGACGGCGGCCGCGCUCACCGUGGUACAGGGGGAGUUCGGCGGGCGCUGCGUGCUCUACGGCACCGUCUCCUACAACGGCACGACCCAGAGCCUGGUGCUGGACGGCUCGAGCUCGCCCUCGCUCUGCUACUUCGUCUCUGUGGUGUCGGUGUGCGUGGCCAUCUACUGCUUCUCCGUCACCCUUUACUGGGUGUACCUCAGCUGCGUGGGGGACGAGGUCACGAGGGCACGCAUUUGGAUGACUGCAAGUCUCGUGGUGUGUGGGGUCUUUCUCUUCUUCCUGCUGGUGUCCGGCUGUGUUCUGAAGAUUGGGAGAGACCACCUCUGUAACAGUAUAAUCGAAAAGGCUUCCUUGAAGAGCUGCGAGGAGGCGCAGAAUAAGACAUGGGUCAGUCCACUGAAGCGGGUGCAGUUCUAUUCCGGCCUGCGCAACGCUGAGACGUCAGUGUGGGUGAAUUUCUUCUUCUGGAUCAUUAUUGUUGCCAUGGUGAUCAUACAGAAGCGCCAGGGGACAGAGUUACUGGCAGCACCUGGAGACAACGCGGGGGGUUUCCCAUCUGAAACCGAGCCCAUUCUGCGCCGAUCAGGCAGGCCCCAGUGAUGGCUCCUGAUGGAGAAAUCCGAGAUCACCUUCUGAAAUCAGUUGGACAGGCACUGACUUCAUGGGCACUUGGAAUUUUGUCUUUUUUUUUUUUCCCUCUUUUUUUGCACAACAAUGUUGAUCUCAAAAUUCCAAGUGAACUUUUUUUUUUUUUUUUUAGGGAUUAGAGCUAUAAAGUAUAUUUAGUUGUCCAAAAUGUUAAAUUCUGCAUGGCAGUCCAUUUAAUUGUCGUGCAACAUUUUCAGAAGCACAUUUUUUGGGUGCCAGCGUAUGCAUAAAAUUGAAUGGGUAGAGGACGGGCAGCUGAGAUGUUCCCAUUGAUAAUUUGCUGUUGACAGUUGUUACUUCCUUAAUAGGCUCAUCGAAUAGCAGAAUUUAUGCAAAAAAGGUAACACAAAAUUGUAAAAGAGUUAAUACUGAUCCACAUUAAUAAGGUUGGACAAACAUGACUCUUAUUAGUCCUGCAACUAAGUGCUAAAACAUUUAUCAAAGACACUUUUGCAAAAGGCAGUUAAGGUCUUUGGCUGUGCCCGUUUUGCAAAUUGAUUAAUUCUCUUUGGAAAGAAGGAAUAAUUAGGAUGUCAUCACUGCUGGAUGCAGCAGGUGUAAGUUCAAUGAGGAGGUUCUUCAAAGUCCAGUGCAACUUUGCAUUGAUGCUCAAAGGCAUAUUUAAUUGUGUGCUGAUAAUGAGGUCUUCUCUCCGAGCUCUAAUGUCCGUUACCCCCGCUGGCUGUGCAAACUGCCCAAAGUGCUGCACAGUGAUUUGUGGUUAUGCCCUUAAAAAAUGUCAGUUUCAUAAUUGGCCCAGUGCCAUUGUUUCUCUCUCUAAGCCAGUCUGCAGUAGUUAAAUAACCUUUUUUUGUUCACUAAAAUGAAAGCUCUUGAGCACUACAUGUUGAGCACAUUUACUCAUUUCAAAAAAGUCACUGAGCUCUCACAAGUAUAAAUAUCUAGAGUGAGAAAGGACAGUGGCAUUGCGUAACUUGAUGCAAGAACAAAAUUAAUCCCACAUAGUUAAUUUGUCACCCUGCUAACGGCGUUUACUCUCGUACCCUGAAAUUUCUGCCUGCGUCUCCUUCCUGGAUUCCAUGUGUCACAUGGGCUGAACCCAGCUCAGAGCUGGUUAAUCCACUGCCUCUGGCACUUAAGGAAGAGCUAAAACCCAACAGGCCUGGUUUUCCCUCAUGAGAAUGUAUUUCACAAUCACUGUAGGCUUUGCCUUUUCCACAAUAGGUGCUAAUUUUUCUGCAACGUGCAACGAUUUGCAUUGCGGUCGGGAAACUAAUUCCAGGAGAGACUCGGACAUCGCCGCACAGCGAACCGCGGAGAUUGUGCUUAGCCUUACGUUCGGCGUUGCAUUUCAAAUUAAAGAGAAUGUCGCGGUGUCUUCAAAAUCCAAAAAGUCAACUAGUAGUACCAUUUAAUUUGCUCGCUGUGAGAGGCCGAGGAAGGUUCGUGAUUGUCGUGAUCACACUUUUUAGAGCUACUAUGCUACUGCAUUGCAUGCUAAAUUUCUUAGAUACCAAUUAGUCACAUCAAAUGACAAAUCGACCUCAGUUUGUUCUUCUCUGAUCACUGGUUAUGUCAGAAGAACUUAAAUGAUGCUGAAUGACAUUGCUGUUUGUCCAUUAAGUGCCAAAUGGUAACUUGCAGGCUGUUUCUGUGUGUGUGUGUGUGUGUGUGUGUGUGUGUGUGCGCGCGCGCGCGCGUGCGCACUCCUAGUCACACGGGGUAGAAUAAGACCAGUGGGGGAUUAAUAGGGUAAGAGUGACUGAGGGUCCCUCACCAUUGAUACCUCCAUACUAUAGUGAAAUUCAGCAACUUUCAAUUGCCUUCUAUUUACACUCGUGGCCUCAUUUAUUACCAUGUUCAUUUCUGUUAAUCACCUAAUGCCACAAUCGAUAAAUAUUAAUGAACUAA